GUGAAAGCGGUGGCGGGAAAAGAGGAGGGGUGGGGGAGGAGCGGCCGUGAGGGAAAAAUCGCGAUCGUGAGGGGAAAAUCGCGACAGAAGCGACCCCGACAUGGCCCCGCGUGAUUACGAAAGCGAGAAAGAGAAAGCGAAGCGGUUUUUUCAGGAAUUUUAUCGGGAUGGACCCGACGGGCACAAGGAAUUCCCGUACCGGGAGCAGCUGACAGCUCUGGCUCGCCGGGAGCAGCUCGCCCUGUGGGUGGCCCUGGACGAUGUGGCCGAGGACGAGCCCGAGCUGGCCGAGGCCGUGGUGGAGAACGUCCGGCGCUACGGCCGCGUCUUCUCGGACGCCGUGCACGAACUGCUGCCCCUGUACGGCUCUGCCGAGGCCCCCCCUCGAGACCCCCUGGACGUUUACCUGGAGCAUCGGCUGCUGCUGGAGCAGCGGGGCCGGGCUGGGGGAGCCCCCAGGACCCCCCAAAAUCAAUUCCCCCCGGAGCUGCUGCGGCGUUUCGAGCUCUAUUUCCGUGCCCCGUCCUGCUCCAAGGCUCUGUCCCCCCGCGAGCUCCGGGCCGGCAGCAUCGGGGCCCUGGUGACCGUGCAGGGCGUGGUGACCCGAGCCAGCGACGUGCGGCCCCUGCUGCGGGUGGCCACCUACAGCUGUGACCAGUGCGGGGCCGAGACCUACCAGCCGAUUGAGGGCCCGACGUUCACACCGUUGCUGCUGUGCCCGAGCCGGGAGUGCCAAACCAACCGCUCGGGGGGACGGCUCUACCUGCAGAGCCGGGGCUCCAAAUUCACCAAAUUCCAGGAACUGCGCAUCCAGGAACACUCUGACCAGGUCCCCGUGGGGCACCUGCCUCGCUCGCUGGCGCUGCACCUGAGCGGGGCCAACACGCGGCAGGCCCAGCCCGGGGACCACGUCAAGGUGACGGGAACCUUCCUGCCCCUGCUGAGAGCUGGCUUCAGGCAGGUGACCCAGGGGCUGCUGUCCGAGACCUUCCUCGAGGGUCAUCACCUGGCCAAGGUGAACAAGAGCGAGGAGGAGGAGGAGGGGGGAGGGGAGCUGAGCCCCGAGGAGCUGCAGGAGAUCACGGAGGAGGAUUUCUAUGGGAAGCUCGCUGCCUCCAUCGCCCCCGAGAUUUUCGGCCACGAGGACGUGAAGAAAUCUCUGCUGCUGCUGCUGGUGGGGGGCGUGGAGCGCAGCCCCCCGGGGAUGAGGAUCAGGGGGAACAUCAACAUCUGUCUGAUGGGGGACCCGGGCGUGGCCAAGUCCCAGCUGCUCACCUACAUCGACCGCCUGGCGCCGCGCAGCCAGUACACCACAGGCCGCGGCUCCUCGGGGGUGGGGCUCACGGCCGCCGUCCUGCGGGACCCCCAGAGCGGGGAGCUCACCCUGGAGGGCGGGUCCCUGGUCUUGGCCGACCGCGGCGUCUGCUGCAUCGACGAGUUCGACAAGAUGCUCGACAGCGACCGCGUGGCCGUGCACGAGGCGCUGGAGCAGCAGAGCGUGGCCGUGGCCAAGGCCGGCGUCAUGGCCACCCUCAACGCCCGCUGCGCCGUCCUGGCCGCCGCCAACCCGGCCUCGGGGCGUUACGACCCGCGGCGCAGCCUGGAGUACAACCUGCAGCUGCCGGCGGCGCUGCUGUCGCGGUUCGAUCUCCUCUGGCUGCUCCAGGAUCGGCCGCAGCGAGACCGGGACCUGCGGCUGGCCCAGCACAUCACGUUCGUUCACCGGCACAGCCGGGAGCCGCCGAGCUCCUUCCGGCCGCUGGACAUGAAACUCAUGCGGCGCUACAUCGCCACCUGCCGGCGCCGGCGGCCGCUGCUGCCCGAGGCCCUGGGCGAGUUCGUCACGGCCGCCUACGUGGAGCUGCGGCGAGAGGGCCGGGGGGACGGGCUCUACACAUCUGCCAGGACCCUGCUGGCCAUCCUGAGACUGGCCACGGCUCUGGCUCGCCUGCGCUUGGGCUCGGUGGUGGAGAAGGACGACGUCAGCGAGGCCCUGAGGCUGCUGGAGGCCGCCCGGGACUCGCUCAGGGGGGAGCCCGAGCCCGUUCCGAGGUGUCCCCGUCCAUCCGAGGCGAUUUUUGGGAUCCUGAGGGAUUUGGGGGGGCCCGGGGGGCGCUCGGUUCCCCUCCCCCACGCCCUGGAGGUUUUGGGGGCUCGAGGUUUCACCCCCGGCCAGGUGAGCGAGGCCCUGGCCGAGUACGAGGGGCUGAACGUGCUGCAGGUGAACCCCAGCAGGAGCAGGGUGAGCUUCGUGUGAGGGACCCCGAAAUUGGGGCGAAAAACCGAAAAAUCGGGGAAGAAACGGCGAAAAAACGGCGAAGAAACGGCGAAAAAACGGCGAAAUUCUGGGAAAAAAUGGGGAAAUGUUGGGAAAA